AUGACACCCUCACUGGUGAAGACAACGUUCUUUUUAGCAGUGCACACGAAGCGAACUGCUGUUGACAAGGAUGAAUUAGCAGAGGAAUUUCUGCUGACUCGCGUUGCGCUUGUCUGCUUCGUUCAAGACUCUAUUGCAGAUGCACUGGACGGACAGAAGAGAAACGCAGACAAACAUGGAAGAUCAAAUCUUCUUUUAUUUGAUGAAGAAGAUUUAGUUGUACUGCCUACAGUAAACCUACCGAAACACGCAGUAACAAACGUGGGUAGCAGUAAAUUACUGCUCAAGUACAUCGGUCCAUUUCUUGUGUUUCGCCAAAUGGGCAACGCAGACACGAUUGAACUGCCCCGUACGACGCGUACGCAUCCUACGUUUUACGUCGGUCGUCUCCGCUUGUACUAUCAGUACGAGCCUGUUCGAGAUGCGGAGAACACCUCCGCGGUCAAGAGCCGAGACCACCUUCGAGUGGUCCAGUUUCAACUAACCAGUCUGGUCGACUAG